AUGAAGCUGCUUGUCCUUCUCGGAGCCUUCGUGGCGCAAUGCCUCGCUGUCACUGUCACUGUGAACAAGAGCCCAAGUCACACUGUGCCUUCCACGUUGUGUACGUCCUUCCUGUUCGGUGUGGCCGUUAUCAGCGGAGAUGGAGGUCUAUAUGCGGAGUUGUUGCAAAACAGGGCUUUCCAACAAGUCACCCCAAACACUGCCGCUGCACUCACAGCAUGGCACCCAAUCAGCAACGCCGGCUUGACUGUAGUCAAAGAUUCGACCCCUGUCUCCGCAGCUUUGCCGAACUCUCUCCAGUUCACCGUCCCGAGUGGAUCGAGUGGCCGGGUCGGCUUCACGAACGAGGGUUUCUGGGGAAUCAAGGUCGAUUCCGCCUCGACCUACAAAGCAUCGCUCUUUUUCCGCUUCCCCACGUCCACCUCAUUCGCCGGGGCGCUCACCGUGGGCCUGCAGACGAAUGCGGGGAAGAUACUCGCACAGAACUCCACGCAGAUCCGCGGGACGACCACCAAGUGGACGCAGGUGAACCUCGACCUCCACCCUACCGCCUCUGCCUCCGACGUCAGCAACAGCUUCUUCGUGACGAUCGACGGAGCCGCCGGCGCCGGCCAGACCAUCAACUUCGCCAUGUUCUCGCUCUUCCCUCCCACGUUCAAGAACAGGCCGAACGGGAUACGCGCUGACCUCGCCGAGACUCUGACCGAGAUGGGCCCGUCCUUUUUCCGCUUCCCAGGCGGGAACAACCUGGAGGGUCAAACGACGGCGACUCGGUGGCAGUGGAACGCGACCGUUGGCUCGCUUUUGGACCGCCCCGGCCGGUCGGGCGACUGGGGAUAUGUGAACACGGACGGUCUGGGUCUUCUGGAGUACCUCGAGUUUUUCGAAGACACGGGCAUGGAGCCCAUCAUGGCGGUCUGGGCAGGCUACGCCCUCGGUGGCACAAGCGUGGCUGAGAGCGCACUCCCACCCUACAUUCAGCAGGCGGCGGAUCAGAUUAACUUUGUCAUCGGGGACCCUGCAAAGAGCUCUGCUGCGGCGCUCCGCGCUUCCCUUGGCCACCCUGAGCCAUUCGCGCUCCGCUUCGUGGAAGUAGGAAACGAGGACUUCAUUGGUAGCGCUCCCAGCACGUACCCCUACCGCUGGCACGACUUCGUGUCCUCACUCCAGGCCGAGUUCCCCUCAAUCCGGUUCAUUGCCACCAGCAACGCCUGGAACCCUGUUCUGUCCCCAGUCCCGCAGUCGUAUGAUGUGCACGUCUAUCAGACGCCGACAUGGUUCUACCAAAACGCGUUCUAUUACGACGGGUUCCAGCGCAACGGCACCACAUACUUUGAGGGAGAGUACGCCGCUAUUUCCACCAACGCGAACGACCUCUUUGGCUCCGUCGCAGACGGUCGCUUGGCAUUCCCAACUGUGCAGAGCGCUUCCGGCGAGGCUGCCUUCAUGACCGGUCUCGAGCGCAACAGCGACAUUGUCUUCGCCGCGUCGUACGCGCCGCUCCUGCAGCACGUCAACUCCACUCAAUGGACCCCCGACCUAGUUUCCUACGACGCCGGCUCCGUUAUUAAAUCGACGAGCUUCUACGCCCAGAAGCUGUUCGCCACCAACAAGGGCGACCAAUACCUCCCGAGCACGCUCCCGACCAACGGCGGCACGCUGCACUGGAGCGUCACGCGCUCCUCCACCUCUGGCCAGACGUUCAUCAAAAUCGCGAACGCCGGCAACACCGCCCAGAGUCUCACCUUCUCGCUGACCCAGUUCAGCACCGUCUCCAGCACCGGCACGCUGCAGGUCCUGACCGGGGCCGAGACGGCGAGCAACACGCCCGAGGCGCCGAACGCCGUCGUUCCCCAGACCAGCACUAUCACGACCGGCAAGACGUUCACGUACAACGCUCCCGCGUUCAGCGUCAGCGUCAUCACCGUCACCACCCAGUGAACGAAGAAGCCGCACGCAGCACGAGGACCAGGGGUCGAUGAAUGGCGCGGAUCCGGGGCUGCCGGAAUGCAAUUGCAAAGUGUGCACCGGUGCCGUAAUUCAGGACGGGGGCGUCCGAGACGCAGACGGAUGUGUGCGGAUUAGGUUGUAUCUGAGUCUCCCGACUGCUAGGCGAAUGUAUGCGAGCGUAGCUAGUGCGGCCGUACGGCCCUACUGUAGUUUUGUGAGGUCUAUCUCCAUCGGGUCCUCCUCCCCAAACUCGUCGAACAUCUGGUGGAUCGCGGGCAGGUACGCGUUCAGCUUCCACAUGUCGCCCAGUCGCAGGCGCGCAAAGUCGAACGCGAUGCCGACCACAGGGUCGCCCCCCGCGCUAGGGCCAUCGCCCCGGCGGGGCGGCAUGCCGGGGUACCGCGCGGAGAAGUGCGUGAGCAGCACCUUCUGCGCGUUCAUCCGUUUAGCGACGUCAAUCGCCUGCGCGGACGUGCUGUGGGCCUUCUCACGCGCGAGCUUCUCUUCCUCCGGGCUCAUGCUCGACUCGUGGAUCAGCAGCGUGGCCCCACGCCCGACGCGCACCAGGUUCUCGGACGGCAUGGUGUCCGCGGAGAAGCAGAUGCUCCACCCGUCUUCGUGCCGAAGCAUGCAGCCGUAGCAGCGGAUGCGGUGCGCGACGUCGACCGUCGUGAAACUCUCGAGGCCGAGCGCGCGGCACAUUGCGUCCGCGUUCUGGAUAGACAUCCCGUCAGACAUGAACGGCUCGUCUUGCGGCUGAAUCCGGGCGUAGGGGCGCGCGGGCCGCCAGUUGAGCGAAUCGGAGAGGACCAUGACGACGCCGUUUGGAUCUGCGAGCCCGAGGUCCUCAAGCUCCUGCCGUUCUGUGAGGUACAUGAGGUGCUGCCGUUGGCCGACGACGUAGAGCGGUUCCGACGGUGGCGGUCGCAUGAGAGUGCGCAUCUGCAGUAUGCGCGACAGGCCCAUGUGAUGGUCGCCGUGCAUGUGGCUGAGGUAGAUGCACUUUAGGUCGCGUAGCACUGCCCACACGCCGCUCGUCCGCGCGGGGUCGUUCCCAAACGAGCGCGCGAGUUGGCCCCAGGUACCCUCCCCACAGUCGAGCAGGACCGUGCCGUACCUGGGUAUCUGGAUGAGCGUCCCGGAGACGUUGCGUAGCCUCGUUGGGAUCGCGCUUCCCGUGCCCAGCGGGGUGACCACGACGUCGUCCCCAGGCUGAGCUCUGGGACUAUUGCGUGCGACGCGUGCAUCGACAAGAUUCUUGACUUCCGCGAACGUUUGCCGGACGUUGUCUGACAGCUCGGGGGAUGAACCCGAUGCGACCAGGUUACCGAACUCAUCCUCGUGCGCCUUGUCGUCGGCUAUGGGUGAGCGAAGAGGUCGCACAUGCACCAUCAGGUUUCUACGGGAAAGACUCGUCUUUGGAGGGAGUCCAGUCAUCAACGAAAAAUCUUGCGCAGGUUCUAGGCUGUACUUCGUGAGCGGGAACAUGUCUGCAUCGAGCUGGUUUAGUUUCGCUUGAACGAGCGCAGACCUCCCAAAAACGGUCAUAUCCGGCGUGUGCUGUCGCGAAGAUACGAUAUGAUGAGUUUCGUUGGAAAAGCCGUUCAUGAACGCCUUGUACCGCUCGUCUUCCAGGACGCCCUCGCCGCAGAGGUGGAACACUACGUGCGUGGGGUGUUCCUUCCGCCCUUCUACCGUACGCGAGCGGUACUUCGAGAAGAACGACGAUUCCGUGAAGGACGCGAUGAGUGACGGAAUAUAUGCGGGUGAAGGCACGUCCACAAUGAGCACCGCCUGCGCAACCUCGCUCGGCCCAACGCAGUCCUCCGGCUUCACCGUCCGCUGGGUCUUCCCGCCCGCACCGUCGUCGACCUCGAAAGUGAUGGCCUCACCCCGCGUGAGCUUCCCGCGAAUCGGACCCUUCGGUACGCCCAGCUCCUCCGCCUUCUUCGCGUCAAACUUGCCACGUACGCUCGGGCCAAUGAGCAGGUACGCAAGCGUCGGGAGCGCCGGCUGCGUGUGCGCAUCGCUACCCUCCACCACCGAGGGCAAACGCGAAUACCGCGCGUGGUUCCCGACGAGCGGCUUCACAGGGCCCUCGGUGUCCGCGUCGCGUCCUGCGGUCAGUGUCUUCUUUGCGAAGACCUGCGCGACGCGGGCCUUCUCCUGCGCCUUGUCCUUGUCCUUGCUCUUUGCGCCCUUCGAGACCGUAGGGUCCUGCUUCGGCGGCUGCAUCGGGAACAUCUCCUGGAGGAGCAACUUGCGCCAUUCCUGCGCUUCGUCCCCGACUAGUGCCGUCGGGUUGAAAUCGGGGGACUGCGCACGUUGCAGGAACGUGUUCUCGACGGGCGAUGCGGUGUCGACUAUGUGGUCCGUGGCGGGUGGGCUCUUUUGUCUUGCGGGUUCGGAGGGGGACUGUGUGCGUUUCCGCUUGAGCGGGCGGUCGGCAGGCUCGAGUGAGGAUGCAAUCAUAGGAUUCGCGACCUCGUCACCCUCCUCCGGAGCACUAGGAGAGGGAUAGAUGGGGAUAGAGUGAACCGUAAGGAAUUCGUCCGUAUAUAGAGGCGGUGGGGGUUUGUCGCCCGUCUGGAGUGAAUACACGGGCGCGGACGGCGCUUCGAUUGCUUGCACGGCCAUGGUCGAACGGUACGUAUAUCCGCGCAUGGUGGCAAGGUAAUGCAUCAGACCAUAGGGACCAAAAAUCUCCAGCUUUGGGAUGGCGGAGUCCGCGCAAAGCAUGAGGAGCCCUGACACGCCGCCACACCGCUGUGUCCCCGCCGCGGUCGUGAACAGCGCCUUCGUCUUCCUGAACGAGUGGUGGCUCCCGAGCCACGCGCGCCCCGUGCCGUCGCCCGCGUUGAACACGUACUUCGCGACGCCAAAGUCGACGAGCAGCGUCGGCUCCGUGUCCGACGUCGCCUCGCUCAGCACGGAGACGUUCCAGGCGUGCAUCGCGGUCGUGUUUUCGCGGGACGGGUCUCGGGCGUAGUGCGCAGCAGGAGGGGAGUGGGUGAACCGCGGGUGGAACGAGCGGGGUCGGGCUGGGGCGGCGAGGGAGGCGAGGAGGGUGCGACUGGUUCUAUGACAUGUCCAAGCCACGGUGGUGAGAGAGAGAGCGCAAGCAGCCUAGCAGCCUAAGAGUAGUGUAGCAGAUUCGGAGCCCUAUGACUUAGUUUUGUUGACAAGAUGGUAGAUGAGCAGUGAGUAUGAAGCCGAGCC